UAUGACUUCUAUUUAUGAGAAACUAAGACCUGUUGUAUUUCAAGCAUAACCUAUUUCCUAAUAGAGAUCUGCUUCAUAAUCUAUGAUGGGAGUGAAUUGUUCAAAAUAAUUCAAUACAUCAGGGGAAGUUUAAAACUAUUUCAUGUAAUGCAGAAAGAAUGUCACACAAUAACAUUAAACAACAAGAGAAAAAGAAAAUACUUUAAAUGUUACUUCUACAAUAAAAAAAGAUGAAAUAACUUUUUUAAAGUAGAGAAUUACACAAUUAGAAAAGAUGAAUUCACAUUAAAUUAAUGAAAAUAAUAAAUUAAGUGAAAUUAUAUAAAAGUAUAUGGAAAAUGAAAAAUUAUAUAAUGUAAGAUUAAUUAAACAAAUAUAUAGAAAUCAUAAUUAUCAGAAAUAUAAUAUCAAUCAUAAAUUUAAGAACUUGAAAAAUAAAUUGUUCGUUUAUAAAAUGAAAAUUAAGUAUUAUUAUAAAAUAAAGAGCAAUAUGAUUAAAUUGAACUUGACAAAUACAAAACAAAAUGCUAUUUAUUAUAAAAUAAAGUUAAAUAAUUUUAGUAAUAAUCAUUUUUAUUACAAGAGAAGAAAAAAGAAUUACUGAUUUAUAAAAGAAAGGAAAGAAAUUAUAUUUAGAAAACUAAUAAUUAAAAAGUACAAUUGAAUAUUUAUAAAGUGAAAACUCUACAUUGCAACAACAAUUGCUAAAUAAAAAUGUUGAUAAUCCUAAAUUUAAGUAUAAAUUAUAUUUAUCAGUUAAAAGGAUCAAAAACUCUAGCUUGA